CAUGAAUUUAUUAUGGAUGCAAACGUAAUACUGCUAGAACUAGUGGCAAAACGUGCAUGGCAUGGAAUGUUGAAGGCCCUGGGAAGUGCCUAAUAAUCUUGUCCCUUUUAAGCAGGAAAAAACAAAAAAAAGGUGAACUGAACAAAAUGAGUCUUCCCCCAAAGGAGACAGAAGAUGGGGAAGAUGAGAUGUCAGAAUAUAAGGACAAUGGCAGUAGAGAUAAGAACCACGGGAAGAUUACUACUGCCUCAGGAAAGAAGGGAGGGAGAAAAAAGUCGCUGGCUCCCAUGUUUGCUGAGAAACUAGUAUCACCAAGCAGGAAGAGAGCCACAUGGACCAGGCAGGCAGAAGACAGGAGGAACAUUGAGCCGGGGGACCUUGAGAACCAAAGUGAGAACCGUGAGGAGGAUGAAGGCCAGAACAGUGAGUUGGACCAGGAGGAGGAAGGUAAAGGAUUUUCUUCUGGGUGGUGCCUGGCACGUGGCUUUAAGAUAUCUAGGGCCAUUCCUGCACACCAUUGCACUUCUUCUCUCUUUGAGGGGCUCCUGAAAAUACCACCCUUCUGAAAGUGGCCUUGGCAACCCCUGGCUGAUUCUUCUGGCUUGCCCACAUAACCAGAAUCGGACAGCUUCGCUCUGAAUAGUACACAUUGAGUAUUUCUACCUUGGAGGUUAUGAGCCAGCUAAACCACCUGUAAGUUUCAAGCUGUUUGCUGGAAACCUGAAUUUCACCAAAACUGCUGCCGAACUAAAAACUGGUCUCAGUGAAUUUUUUGCUCAAAAUGAUCUUGCAGUCGUUGGUGUCAUAGUUGGCUUGUCAAGGAAGUUUGGUUAUGUGGAUUUCACAUCUGCUGAUGACCAAGAAAAAGCCUUGGAACUUAAUGAUACAAAGGUCCUUGGCUAUGAAAUUAAAUUAAAGAAACCAAAGAGAAAGGAAACAAAGAAAGAUGGAGAUGCCAAAACACUUUUAAUCAAGAACCUGCCUGACAAAGUCACUCAGCAUGAAUUAAAAGAAGUGUUUGAGGAUUCUUUUCAAAUCAGAUUAGUGAAUGAGGAUGGGAUGAGUAAAAGUCACAAGCUGAUGCAGAGAGAGCCUUGGAAGAGAAGCAAGGAACAGAGAUCUGUGGGCUUGCCAUCCUUCUGGAUCAUACUGGAGAGAAGCACCCAGGCCCAGGAAAUAGAGGUAGAAAGAGCUGCCCCUGGAGAGUGGGAAAACGAAAGAUGGAACAGGAAAGCCAUGUGUUUCAAGAAAAAUGGGAGAGAGCUUACUUCUUUCUGGAGGUAAAGAAUAUUCCAACAUGUCUAAUAUGCAAACAAAGUCUGUCUGUGUCGAAGGAAUAUAACUUAAGACGCCAUUAUGAAACAAACCAUAGUAAGAACCACGAUGGAUAUACAGAAAAGAUGCGUGAUAAAAAACUUAAUGAACUGAAGAAAAGACUGAAAUUUCAACAUGAUUUGAUUUUGAAUGCAAGUAAAAUAAGUGAUGCUGCAAUGAAAUGUAGCUAUGUAUUAAAUGAAAAAAUUGCCCAGGCAUCCAAACCUCUUACAGAUGGUGAGUUUCUAAAAGACUGUCUACUGAGUGCAGCAGAACAGAGGCAAGCAUUUGCAAAUAUAAGACUGACUGAUAAUAUUGUUGCUCAGCAUGUAGACUGUCCAGCUGAGAACUUAGAGGACAAGUUGCAAGACCAAGUUAAAUCAUUUGUGGCUUUCUCUGUUGCAGCUCAGGAGAGCACAGAUGUAAAUGAUGCCACCCAGUUAGCUGUAUUUAUUCGUGGUGUCGAUGAAACUUUUGAUGUGACUGAAGAACUUUUGGACGUGGUACCAAUGACAGGCACAACAUCAGGAAAUGAUUUAUUUUUAUGCAUCGAGAAAAAUCUUAAAAAAUUUAAUGUAGAUUGGUCAAAACUAGUAAGUGUUACCACAGUUGGUAAUUCUGCAACAGCUGGUGUUAAGCAGCUUGUUACAGAACUUAAAUCAAAGGUGUCAGGGCUUUGCAAAGACACAGAACUUAAGUCUGUGCAUGGCAUCAUUCUCUGGGAGACACUUUGCACUAAAAAGUUAAAAAUGGAUCAUGUCAUGGACAUAGUAAUUUACACCGUAACCUGGAUACGUUCCCAUGGUUUGAACCAUAGAAAGUUCAGUACUUUGUUCAGUGAAUUUGAUGCACAAUAUGGAAGUCUGUCCUACCACAUGGAAGGUAAGUGGCUGAGUCAUGGCAUUCUGCUGCAGCAGUUUUUUGAACUGUUGGAAGAAAUUGACUUUUUCAUGUCUUCUAAAGGAAAAUCUGUACCUCAACUUCCUAGCAAAGAUUGGAUCAAAGACUUAGCCCUUUUGGUUGACAUGACGACCCAUCUGAAUGCAUUGGAUACUUCUCUACAAGGGCGUUCACAAGUAGUUACACAAAUGUAUGAUUCCAUUUACUCAUUCCUAGCGAAAUUGUGUCUUUGGGAAACUCAUUUGGCAAGGAACAAUCUGGCCCACUUCCCUACACUGAAAUUAGUUUUGGAAAAAGAAGGUGAUAGCCUCAACUAUAGUCCAAAAAUUAGAGAGCUGGACUGAAUUCCAAAGCAGGUUCUCUGAUUUCAGACUUUAUGAAAAUGAACUAGAAUUGUUCAGCUCACCUUUUUCAAUUAAUAUUAAUAAUGUGAAUGAAGAGCUACAAAUGGUAGUUAUUGAAUUGCAGUGCAACACUCUCCUGAAAACUAAA